GACAACACGGCUUGGUUAGUCAGAAUUUCUCCAGAUCAAUAUAGCCCAGUAAUUGUAACACCCGGUUUUUCCUGGUGAAAUUUAUAAAGCAAUCUUUUCUCAACUUGGCAACAUUUCCAAAGAAACGCAAGAUGGCCCUGAUAACUGAGCCGGGCAAAUCGGACUUCAUCGUUGCCAAUGUGUCCAAUUCGCAUAAUGACGCGGUCGCCUUCCAGGUGAAGUUCGCCAAGGAUCUAACAGUGGCUCAGCUAAAGAGCAAGCUGGAGAUAUUGACGGGCGGCUGUGCCGGCACCAUGAAGGUGGAGGUCUACAAAGGCGAAACCUGCUUAUCCACGCUGGACAACAACGACGCCCUGCUGGGUUACUAUGCCAACAGUGAUGGCCUACGCCUGCACGUCAUCGACAGCUUUGCGAGCUUCUCUUUCGACAACGCGCCGGUUGAGAAAUUCGAACUGACCAAGGAUCAGUAUGAGCAGCGGACCGAUUCCGUACGUAAUUACCUCAAACAGAAUCGCCUGGGCAAGUACAACGAGGAGGAGAUGCAGCAGGCGGAGGAGAAGCGGCGACUCCAGGCAGAGGAGAUCCAAAAGAGGGCAGAGCUGUGCGUCAUCGGAGCCAGAUGCGAGGUCAGCGUACCGGGCAAUCCCACGCGUCGUGGAACGAUCAGAUACAAUGGCCAACUGGAGGGAAAGAACGGUCAUUUCAUUGGAAUAGAAUACGACGAGCCGCUGGGCAAGAACAAUGGAAGUGUCGCUGGCAAGGCAUACUUCAGCUGUGCCCCCAAUUACGGUGGCUUUGUGUCGCCAUUAUCCGUGACGGUUGGCGAUUUCCCACCGGAAGACUUCAACCUCGAUGACGAGCUCUGAGAAUCUCGAGCACAGCAGCAGCACGCACACCAAUGGGGGUCUUCAACUUCAUCUCGCAUCGCACAUGCCACACUCUAACCAAAAGACUUACCGAUCGACCGGCAGGCACUUAAAUUAUUUGUACGCAAGAAACGAACACUAAUUAUAGUUAUGCCAUUUUGUAUUUAUUAAUUAAAACAUCUAUGUAUGUAUGUAUAUCAGAUAUUCUUACAACAUGAUUAUUCGUAAAUUCUA